UUAACUUGUUUACUUGAAAACUAAUCGUUAGAUUUAAAAGAUUUCAGUUAAUUGUUUACUUGCAACUAAAUUGUUGGGCGUUCAUUUGACUCUUGAUUGUAAAAGUUUUGCUUAUUUACAUAGUGAAAAUGAUUAACUUAACAGGUAAAGUUGCUCUAAUUACUGGUUCGAGUGAUGGUAUUGGUGCUGCUACGGCCAUUCUGUUUUCGUCUCUUGGUGCUAAGGUCGCGAUCGUUGGUCGGACUCAAAGUAAAUUGGAUAAAGUUUCAAGUGAAUGUCAAUCUAAAUCUCCUAAUGGAUUAAAACCAAUUGUAAUCCAAGCGGAUUUCGAGAAAGAUGAAGAUGUAAAGAGGACUUUUGAUGAGACAAUUAAAGCUUAUAAUCAAUUGGAUAUUCUUGUUAACAAUGCUGGUGUUGCUUGUCAGAAACGGUUUGCCGAAGAAGGUGAUCUCGAAGAUUAUGAUCGAGUAAUGCAAGUAAAUGUACGGUCAGUUAUCUUAUUGACUAAAUUGGCCAAAGAUCAUCUCGCUCGAGCUAAAGGGUCAAUCGUAAACGUAUCAAGUAUCGCUGGUAUUAGAAUGAGUGGAACCUUUUGGUCUUACUGUAUGACAAAAGCCGCACUUGACAUGUUUACCAAGUCAAUGGCUUCUUUACUGUCACCUGAGAUUCGUGUCAACUCCGUUAAUCCUGGUCCAGUUCGAACCAAUUUCUUAAAUCAGAUUGAAAAUCCUAAUUCUCUAUGGGAUCUCAUGGCAACUACUAUGCCGUUACAAAGAGUUGGUGUUCCCGAUGACAUCGCUCAGUUGAUCGCUUUUCUGGCCUCCGAUGCUGCUAAAAACAUUACAGGUUCAAUCGUUGUCUCUGACUCUGGCUCGCUCGUCGCUGAUCCUCACAAAACAUUGGCCUCCGUUGUUUUUACUGAUGAAAAUAAACAAGGAUAAUUUCAUGAAAAUUUUUCUAUGAAUGUGUUGAGAAAAUGAUACAUGUAUCAUGAGAUGGAAUCAUUAAAGUUCCAGAUAAUCUCAUUUUCUGAGUUAUCUUAUUAGUUUUAUUA